UAAUCAGUUGAUGUGAAUAUCGAUCAAACUACGGAAAAAGUUUAUUCCCUCGAUAAAGUAGGAGAAGUUUGUAGUUCCAAAAUUCCUACAUUCCUUUCUCCACUCACACUCCUCAGUCUGAAUGAGGUUUAUACACUACCACCGGAAAAUAUGAGCGGAGGAGACGGCCGGAAAACGGCCAGAAACAGAAUCAAACCAACCGCCAUUACCAGUGUCUCCUCCGAUAAUCGUAACCGCAAGGGAGGAUUACGAAAGGAAAGAGGCAAAGAUCAGCUUCGCAUUUUAGAUGUUAAUUUCGUUCUGUUAGGGUUUAUUAUCAUUAUAUCUUCAUCACUCGCCCUGUUUUUCGUGUUUCGGUCUGUUCAAUUCUCCGAUGCAGAUCAUCCAUUGCCUAGGGUUAUCACUCCUUUUCCUGCCCCCAAAAUCAUGGGCCUUGAUAUGUUUCAAGGCGAGCAUAAGGAAAGCUUAUAUUGGGGAACUUAUCGUCCUCACUUAUAUUUUGGAGUUCGUGCCAGGAUCCCGGAAUCAUUGGUUUUUGGGUUGAUGUGGCUUGGUGUAAAGGAUGGGAGAUACUUUAUGAGACAUGUAUGCCAAGAUGCAGAUGAUCUUCAAACAUAUGGUUGGAAUAAACAUAAUGGAAGGGACUAUGGACAUCAGGUUAUGAUCGACCAUGGUAUGACGUUGACCACAAGUUUUUUGAAAUCAAAGGUUGAUUGCAGUGGCUAUGGUGGAGACUGGGCUUUUCGACUUGGAGUACAAACCGACAAAUUAAGUGAAGACAGGCCAGAGGUUUCACAUCUUUUCUUUUAUGUGGCCGAUGAAGGUCAAAAUGACAUAAGCUUAGGUAGAAGUGUCUCGGAAAUUAAUGAGAAGUCUCUGUUGGCAUUUGGUUCACGACAAGAUGUUGGUGGUUGGGAGCUACAUUUGAAAUCUUUGGAUGAUUUUGAAGUCCACCAUAUUGGUCUCAAGACACCUCACAUUCACAAUUUAUCUGAUACGGUUCAAGGAAUUCUAGCGCUACAGGUGAGAAAGUUUGGUCACUUGGAACUUCCAGACACAUCUGAUGAUUUUCCAAACAUAUUAGUAUAUCAGAUCUCUGCUAAAACUCCUUUCAAAGCAGACAUAGCUUUUAUAACUGGAACUGAUGGUGAUAAUAGUGGAGUCGAAGAACGUGUUGACAGCCUCACUGGAAUGUCAUUGACUAGUCAGCUUCAUAAGAAGGAAUAUGAAUUUGAUGAUAAGUUUAAAAGAAUCUUUAAUCCAUCAGACAAGCUUGAUUCAGAGUUUGUGGAAGUUGGUAAGGCUGCUGUGGGAAAUUUGUUAGGAGGGAUUGGUUACUUUUAUGGCCAAUCAAAAAUAUUGUUUCCACAGCCCUCUAAACAUCGAGCUAAUGACGAUUCUAUAUUAUACUGGCCAGCUGAGCUGUACACCGCUGUUCCAAGUCGCCCUUUUUUCCCUAGAGGAUUCUUAUGGGAUGAGGGUUUUCAUCAAUUAUUAAUCUGGCGAUGGGAUACUCAUAUCUCCCUGGAUAUUAUUGGACACUGGUUAGAUCUUAUGAACAUUGAUGGUUGGAUUCCACGUGAGCAAAUUUUAGGGGCUGAAGCUCUAAGCAAGGUUCCAGAAGAAUUUGUUGUCCAGCGCCCAAGUAAUGGAAAUCCGCCAACAUUAUUCUUAGUCCUACAAGAUCUGGUUUUUGGAAUGACGAGAAACAAAUUUUCUGCCACGGAAGGCAAGGAUAUCUCAGCUUUCUUUGAACGCUCUUUUAGCCGUCUAGAAGCAUGGUUUCAGUGGUUUAAUACCACACAAUCAGGGAAGCUAACCAGCAGCUAUUAUUGGCAUGGAAGAAAAGAGAGUCAGACCAUCUUUGAACUAAAUCCGAAGACAUUGUCUUCUGGUUUGGAUGACUAUCCACGCGCAUCACAUCCAACUGAAGAUGAACGCCACUUGGACCUUAGAUGUUGGAUGCUUCUUGCAGCAGAUUGCAUGCACUCUAUUUCAGAGCAGCUUAUAAGGAAAAAGGAAUCUGGGAAGGCAUAUGAAGAAACUGCUAAGCUGCUUGCUGAUUUUGAUCUUCUUAAUAAGAUGCACUUUGACAAAGAUUAUGGAGCUUAUUUUGAUUAUGGUAAUCACACGGAAAAGGUUCGUUUAAGGCGGCAACUAGUGGAGAAAAAUGGCAACCAGCCAAGUCUAGAGCUUGUUCGGGAGGUUCUAGAGAAACCUGAAUUGAGACUAGUUCCACAUGUCGGAUAUGUCAGUCUUUUUCCUUUCAUAUGGAAGAUCAUUCCAUCUAAAUCAUGGAUUCUAGAAAAACAGCUUGACAUCAUUUCAAAUACGAGCACCUUGUGGACCAACUUUGGGUUGCGCUCGCUCUCUAAAACAAGCUCAAUGUACAUGAAACGUAAUACUGAGCAUGACCCACCUUAUUGGCGAGGCCCUAUUUGGAUGAACAUGAACUACUUGAUCCUAUCAUCGCUGCACCAUUAUUCAAAAGAGGAAGGGCCGUAUAGAGAAAGAGCUGAAAUUAUUUACAAUGAAUUGAGGGGCAAUCUGAUCCGAAAUGUGAUGAAGAAUUAUAAGCAGACUGGUUAUUUUUGGGAACAAUAUGAUCAGAAGAAGGGAAAUGGAAAAGGCGCACACCCUUUUACUGGCUGGACUUCACUAGCAGUUUUAAUUAUGGCAGAAUCAUAUAGCUUACAAAUUUGACCAUCAUAGGAGUAUUUGUUACUUGUAUCCUGGAAAAUUGUUUAGUGGUCUGGAUUACAUAUCGCCAAGGUUUAGGGGAGAUGGAUACACAAGAAAAUGUUAAAUGGUUAACAAAAAGUUGAUUGAUGUCCAUAAUACAAGAUGUCCGACCUUAAAGAUCAUAGAUUUAAAUUGUUUGUUAUAGAGAUCUAUGAUCUUUAAACCCAGCCUAAAUCAUGGCAUCGACAAAAUUUUGAGGUUGAUAAGAUCAGUUUUUCUAUCAAAAUAGUUUA